AUGGCUAAAGUGCAAUUUAAACUACGAACACAACUUUCCUUUCUAUUUUUAGUAGGGAUGUUCAUAUUAUUCCCUAUAACAUCUUCCUUUGCAUUCAACUUUAGAGCCAUAAAUAGUACCAUCAAAUGCAUAGACAAGGAGAGAAAGGCUCUACUUCAAAACUGUCACAACAUUCCAGAUUUGCAAAGUAAUCCUUUUUACUUAGAUUGCUGUAAUUGGCGUGGUGUCCAUUGCAACGCCUUCACUGGUCGAAUAUACCGACUUGAUUAUCCUUCAGUUCUAGCCUUUCUUAGUAAUUUUAUCUGUAGAGACACUGGCUUUCAUUUUGGUCCUUCUCUUCUUGCUUUAGAGGAUUUGUUGUACUUGUACUUCAACUUUGAUGACCCUUAUUUCUCUGAUUCCCUUAGUAUUCCCUCAUCUAUCCCAAGUUUUAUAGGGUCCUUUCCCAAAUUAAGGUACCUUAAGUUUUCAGAUUCUUGGUUUACUGGAGCACUACCUCCUCAACUUGGCAACCUGACAAGUUUGCAGUCUUUGGAGAUACACCAAUAUUUUGGCGAGGGUAUGCUGCGUUCUAGAAGCCUCGAUUGGCUUUCGCAUCUUACUUCAUUGAAGAAACUUGUUCUUGAUGGUAUCGAUCUCAGUGAAGCCCGAGACUUGAUUCAUGUUGUUAGUAAUCUCCCUUCUUUGAUCCUCUUGGAUUUGCAUAAUUCUCGUCUUGCAUAUGUUCUUCCUCCGAAUCUUUCAAGUGUUAAUUCCUCAAAGUCUCUUGCUUUUGUUGAUUUGUCUUACACCUUCCUUAAGUCCUCUUUGAUAUGGACUUGGCUUUCUAAUCAUAGUUCCUCCCUUGUUGAGUUGUACCUCAAUGCCAACGAACUAACAGGAUUAAUUCCAUAUAGUUUAACGAACAUGACUUCUCUUACGCGUCUUGAUCUGUCUUCUAAUCAGCUGGAAGGCGAAAUUCAAGACUCUAUUCGAGGUUUAUGUCGAAUACAAAGCUUGGAUCUUUCUCAAAAUAAUCUCAUGGGAGAUAUUACUAGUGUCUUUCGUUCUCUAUCGUGUGCAGAGGAGUCCUUGACAAACCUUGCUUUUGGAAAUAACAAUUUUACUGGAUCACUGCCUGAUAUCACUUCAUUUUCCUCCUUGAAAAAAUUAUCUCUUCAGAGGAACAACUUAGACGGUUCGUUGCCCCUUAAUUUUGCAAACCCGUCGAGUCUAAGAAUCCUAAACUUGCAACACAAUCAACUUACAGGGUCUAUUCCUGAUCUUUCUUCAUUUGGAUCAUUGAAGAAAAUGCAUCUUAAAAACAAUCAAUUAAAUGGCUCUGUACAUAUAAGCUUAGGACAACUUUCAAAUCUUCAUACAUUGGAUAUUUCUUCCAACUCUCUAAAAGGUAAUAUCUUGGCAGGCCAUUUUGUAAAUCUCUUGAGUUUGCGUUACUUAGACAUGUCUUUUAACUCUUUCACCUUUAAUCUCGACUCUGAUUGGGUUCCACCUUUUAGGCUGCAGACUAUAGGACUUGCUUCUUGUAAGUUAGGCCCUCGUUUCCCAAAAUGGCUUCGAACACAAAGAGACUAUUCGAGAUUAGAUGUGUCUAAUACCGGGAUCUCAGACACAAUCCCUUAUUGGUUUUGGAACCUUUCUUCAACAGCUACUUUCAUAGGUAUGUCUCAUAAUGGACUUCAUGGCAUCCUACCCAAUUCGUCAAUUGGAUUUUCUGAGAACCCUGCUAUAGAUUUGAGUUCCAAUCAUCUUAAGGGCACAAUACCUACUUUCUUUGCAAAUACCAUAUACUUGAAUCUUUCGCGAAAUAGUUUCUCAGGUAGUAUAUCUUUCUUGUGUCAUAGUGCUGCAACUGCAUUUGGGGACAUUAUCCUCGAUCUUUCACACAACUUCUUAUCCGGUAAACUCCCAGAUUGCUGGACCAAACAUUUUACAUCUGUUCUCGAUCUAUCGAGCAAUAAUUUCUCUGGGAAUUUUCCUAGCUCUUUCGGUUCUUUGAAUAGUUUGAGAUUUUUGCACUUGAAAGAUAAUAAGUUCUCUGGGAAGCUACCCUUGUCCUUCUCAACCCUUACACGGCUGACAUCCUUAGACCUCGGAGACAAUUCUUUUAAUGGAGAAAUACCGACAUGGAUAGGGCAUAAGCUACCCCAUUUGACGGUUUUGAGUCUUCGAAACAAUUUCUUCUUUGGAAGACUUCCAUUACAACUUUGUAAACUAUCUUCAAUUCAAAUUCUUGAUGUGUCUAUGAAUAACAUCAAUGGGACUAUACCACAUUGCUUGUAUAAUCUUACUGCAAUGACACAGAGAAAAACUAGUCCUAUGAUCACUUACGGAGGCAAUGGCUCAUUUUCAAGCAUCAAUCCUCUAUACCAAGAUUACAUGUCCCUUGCAUUGAAAGGUUUUACGUACGAGUAUAAAGAACAUUUGGAACUAGUAAAAAGCAUUGAUCUUUCUAGCAACAGGCUAAAUGGGCCUAUUCCAGCUGAAAUUUCAUGUCUUAAUGGAUUGGUUUCUCUAAAUCUUUCAAGAAACAAUCUGAACGGGUCUAUCACACCGAAAAUAAGCCAGUUGAAGUCUUUAGAGUCUCUAGACCUGUCAAAUAACCAUCUUUCUGGGGCGAUUCCUUCAACCUUUUCGGAAUUGAGCUUUCUGGGUACUUUGAACUUGGCAAAUAACAACUUGUCGGGGAGAAUACCGACAGGAACUCAACUACAAGGCUUCAACGCUUCGGUGUUUGUAGGAAAUCCGAGGCUUUGUGGGGAUCCACUUCCAAAGUGCAUAGGAGACAAAACAGUUAGCAAACAGAAUGAAGAGAAUCAAGAUUCAGAUAAUGACAGUGGAUUAGUAUCUUUGGGAUUUCUGAUCAGUGUUGUGCUCGGAUUCAUCACCGGAUUUUGGGGCGUUUGUGGCAUCCUUGUGCUCAACAGAUCAUGGAGAUGUGCUUUUUUUGGCUUCUGGAGUCAUUUGUACGAUAAGAUCUAUGUACUCGUCGCUCUGUUGAUGGUAGCAAUUCGAAGAUGA